UUUGAAAUGCCUCCUAAAAAAGCUUCCGCAGAGCCAGCUGCUGCAGUCCCAAAAGAUUCUGAGAAUGAAGCAACUGAAACAAAAACAGCUGCUUCUAAAAGCUCAAGCACUAAGGCUACUGGACGGAAAGUUUCUCCACACCCAUCCACAAUGGAGAUGGUGAAAGAAGCUCUGAAAGAGCUGGACUCCAGAAAGGGUGUUUCGGCUCAGGCUAUCCGGGGUUAUAUAAAGGAGAAAUACGCAACCGUGGAUGAGACGAGGGUGAAGUUUAUGGUGCGUCGAACCUUAAACAAAGGCAUCGAGACUGGUGUGUUUGUGAGACCUGCAAAUUCUGGGUCAACAACAACAGGUGCCCAAGGACGCUUCCGGAUUGCUGCCAAGACCAAAGUAAAGGAGGCAAAGGUGCAGACAAAGGAAAAUGCUGAUCCCAAUGUACAGAAAGCACCUAAACCUAAGAAAGCUAAGGCAAUUAAAGCCAAGGUUGAAGGAGCAAGCAAAGAAAAGUCCACAAAGAAAAAGGAGGCUGCAGACGAUGCCAAGCCUAAGACGCCUGAGAGAGAAGGCACUGCCUCAAAGGUGGCCCCUGCUAAGAAGCCAAAGGCGAAGAAUGCUGCAGGGGAGGGUGCAACUGAGCCCAAACAGAGCAAAGCUAAAAAAGCCUCUAAAGCAUCAAAAGGAGUUGAGGAACCAGCAGCUAAGAAAGCCGGAAAGAAAACUGCAAAGACAGAAGAGGGUGAAUCGGGAGAGAAAGGUGCUGCAGCCGUUACAAAAGCCCCAGGGAGACGAGGAAAGAAGUGAUGCAGGGACUUGAAUGGGUUUUUAUUCACCAUGUAGUUUUAUCUGUGCACUUGUUUACCAAAUAAAGAUUUUUUUUUUUUACCUUUUUUCAAGAAAAAUGUGUAACUGUAUUUCCUUUAAUCUGGUGGGAG